UGUUUGCAGAAGACACGUAUUUCCAAAUACUGUUUCAACGUUGAUUCUGUCACAAAAUAUUGUUGAUGUCCUGUUUCACGUCAAGUCAUGAAGUUAACACUUAUCCAUGAUGAGUUGGAAUCCAUUUAGCCGGCAUACUGCACCAAAGAAGAAUGUGGUAUCAAGGACUGCUGAGAGAGAAUUAGAGAAAGAGGUCAAAAAAGUUGAAAGACUAGAAGAAACAAGUAGGAAGCUAUAUAAAGACACAAAGAGAUGGGUGGAAUCCAACCAAGGUGUGAUUGCCAGUGAACACAAGAUAACGCAGAAUCUCCUGUCCAGCCAGCUAUGUCAGAUGGAGCCUCAGUUGGGUGCCCAGAUUACAGACUGGGAUCGCUCUCUGGACAAACAGGAACUCUACAUGAAGGAAUUGAAUACAACCGUGCAGAGAGCUGUUUUGGAGCCGAUGAAAAAAUUUAAUAGUAUAUUUCCCAGCAUACAAACUGCAGUGAAGAAAAGGGAACAAAGUCUACAGGAGUACAACAAAUGUCAAUCCAAGGUAGAAAAAUACCAAGGUCGUGAUAGGACCGGACAAAAUGUCAUUAAAAUGGAAUCGGUUCUCAACAAGAGUAGAAAGUCCCUACAGAGUGCCAAGGACGAGUUUGAGACACAGAACAGCGCUCUGACCGAGGACCUGCCUAAAAUGAUAGAUGGCAGAGUGGAUUAUUUUCAGCCAAGUUUGGAAGCACUCAUCAAAUCCCAGGUUACUUACAAUUCGGAAAUCUAUCGUAUGUGUACAGAAUUGUCCGACCAGUUGUCAUCGCAGGGCAGCGAAAAGUGUACCAGGGAGAACAGAGCAAGUAAAAUUCAACAGAGUCUGGAUAGUAUAAAGGCCCUGUCUAUAACACUGGAUGAGUAAUACACUGCUGCAAAAGGUGACAGAAUUAUUAGUGGAAUAAGAAAAUCAAAAAACAAAUUCAGUUCUGAAUAUUCUAACAUCAUUUCCUUCCUUAAUUAUAUUAAAAUUAUUUUUUUAUAAAGAGAACAUUUUGCUGUAUACAGAUAUGUUUGAAGAAACAAAAGUAUGUUGACAUUAAAUUAUGAUGCAAAAAUUAUGGAUAAAAAAAGCGAGAAAGUAAGUAGAAAAAAGGAGAGAUUUAUCAGGGGACUGAGGGAGGAUCAGAGUGGGUGAGGGAAAUUGUUGGAGUGAUGGUAAGGAAAGGAUAGAGUGAGGGAGAGAGUGAGGAAGGGAUAGAGCGAGGGAGAGAGUGAGGAAGGGAUAGAGCAAGG